CACACACAAGUUCACUGACGCCCACUUCCGCUCACUCACUCUGCCCUUCGCUGCGCGCGUAUUUGUCCGGCAUUACCAUCGUACGACCCUCCCCCGAUAUCUUGCGCGACCAGAUUGAACUUCCCACACCCAUCCCGAACCCUCCACCAGCUUUCCCAUCGGCAGCAGCUCCGAGCAGCACCUGCCAGCUCUCGGAGCUCUCUCAGUACGGCAGAAACAGGCAAUGCAGUACGUACGAUCCAUAACCGGCACAGUCUCGAAGGGUUGGAACUCCAUCAAUCCCGCGACGUUGAGCGGUGCCAUCGAUGUCAUCGUAGUGGAGCAAGAAGAUGGCACACUGGCUUGUUCGCCAUUUCACGUACGAUUCGGUAAAUUCCAGCUGCUACGACCCUCGGAUAAGAAGGUUGAAUUCAGGGUGAACGAUGUGCGACAGGAUUAUGCUAUGAAGCUUGGAGAAGGUGGGGAGGCUUUCUUUGUCUUCGAAACUUCGGCCAAUAUACCCAAGGACCUCCAGACCUCACCACUCUCUUCUCCGGUCUCCAGUCCGGAGCAGAAGCCCCUAGAGAACCCCCCGAACCGACCAGCGUCCGAAAUGGAACCUCUCGAUUUAGACGAUGUCGAUAAAAGCAGCAGAGGGAGGUUAUCGGGCUCCGAUACCCCGACCGAACCUCUCCACCGGAAUCCGAUGCUCACCAGGCCUAUGUCGGGGGACUGGUCAGGUGUGUACAUGCCGCGUUCGCACACUGAUCAUGUUCUUCCUACGUCCAAGGCUCGGCUGGGAGAACCAUUCAGCGUGAAGGAGAAUGGGCCACUCCAGGUCAGCAAGGAGAAGGCGACUGCAUGGAACAGGGCUUCGGCGCGCUCAGCCAGCCCGCCGCCCGUCUCUCCCGCUGAAGCCAUGGCUAGAGCUAUCAAUCUGUCGAAAAAGCUUCUCGUCUCGAACAUCCCGAACGAGGUUACUGACACGGGCGAUCUGAAACUAGACAUGACGGGGUAUAAAUCGAGUGAAGAAGAGGCCCUGCGCGCCGAAGUGGUGGCAAGGAAGAUUCUAGCGGAUGAGCUGGAAGGUAAUUAUGACAUAGGCGCAUUGAUCGGAGCAGAUGAAGACGGGAAUCUAUGGAUCUACAGCAGCGAGGAGGCAAAGGCGGCCGCAAGUCAGAAGGCAGCUCUGAGCAUGUUGAACGAGGAUGCCUUGCGCUCGACCGACGCCGUGUCUGACCCCGGAUAUCAUAGCGAUGAUGCACGGAGUGACACAACUGCCGAAUACACUCACCACUAUCGAAGAGACUCCGAUAGCGCGAUUGGGCUGUCCUCACCCACGAAUUCCCCUGGCUUGAACAGCACUGAAAAUAAGAACUAUGCGAAGACACUCCGCCUGACUAGCGACCAGCUCAAAGCCUUGAAACUCAACCCGGGGUCCAACUCCAUGAGCUUCACGGUGAACCGCUCAACCUGUAAUGCAUAUAUGUAUCUGUGGAAACAUGAUACCCCAAUUGUUAUCUCCGACAUCGAUGGCACCAUCACAAAGUCCGAUGCGCUCGGGCAUGUUCUCAAUAUGAUCGGCCGGGAUUGGACACAUCUUGGCGUCGCAAAGUUAUACACAGAGAUUGUCAACAACGGCUACAACAUCCUAUAUCUCACAAGUCGGUCGGUUGGACAAGCUGAUACGACCAGGGCUUACCUGAAUGGCGUCGUGCAGGAAGGCUAUCACCUACCAAAAGGUCCUGUGAUCAUGAGCCCGGAUCGCACAAUUGCUGCUUUACGCCGUGAGAUAUAUCUUCGAAAACCCGAGGUUUUUAAGAUGUCUUGUCUGAGAGAUAUCAAAGAUUUAUUCAAUAAGCCACCGGGGCAGACACCCUUUUACGCCGGCUUCGGUAACCGACUUACCGAUGCGCUAAGUUAUCGCUCAGUAAACAUACCAUCGACGAGGAUAUUCACAAUCAAUUCCAACGCUGAAGUCAGUUUAGAUGUCCUAUCGCUUAACAGCUAUAAAACCGGAUACGCCAGCAUGCGCGAGAUUGUGGACCAUUUCUUCCCGCCAGUAGGUCUCUUAGUGCCUGCUGGCGGAGAGGAGUUUACCGACUUCAAUUACUGGCGCGAUAAGCCUCUGGACGUCCAUGACUUUACCGAUAGCGAGGAGGAAGAUGGCGAUGUAACAACAGAAGCAGGAAGCAUCCAGAGCGAAGACGAAGGAUCCGAGAUUGGAGAAGAUCUGGAAGCUAGCUAUAUAUCCCGAGAUUCUGUGGACGACAAUGGCGGACUUGAAGAGUCCAUCACCGAAAGCGUCGAGGACGAUGAUGAUGGCGAGUAUUAUGAGGACGAUGGGGAUGAGGAAGAUGAAGAAGGGUAUGAUGAUGAAGUCAUAACACCUCUCGAAGCGAGGACCGAUGGUAUCGUUGAAGGGAUAGACAAUGUGGACUUGGCAGACCCACCGCAGGGAGACCCAGGAAGGGUUCGAGCAGCGUCCACACCCAUCGCAACACCGAAAAAAGACACAAAGCAAGACUCAUACUAGAUGCUCGAAUUCGAGCCACUUUUGAUCUGCGGCCUUUGCAUAGCGAGGCGUUCAUCAACGGCGUACGAGGUUUUCAUUAUUUGGCGGGCUUUGCACACAGCACCAUCGAAAUGGGAAAUGUAUGGAAUUGGGCGCAAACGGUAAAUGAUGGCAUAUCUGACUUUGUUGUAUUUUAAAUCAUAUAGAAGCGGUAUCAACGUCGGUGAAGCACACCGUUCAAACCAUAUAGACUACGUGGCGCAAGCACGAGUUCAACCUAUCGCCUCCAGGGCUC